AUGCCGGCGGGAUAUCCCUCGCAAGUCAUUGAUGCGCUGCGGUGCACUGUUGACUGCCAACAAGCCGAUUGGAAAAUGCACAAGCAGGUCUGCCAGCUCGUCUCCGCUGAACCACAUGCUCGUGCAAUGGUACGAUUCAAUUACCGAUACGGACACUACAUCCACGCCCUCGCUCUCUUCAUGUUUGGGUAUUGCGACCUCGUGGCGGGCCCUCGACACGAUGAAAUCUGGAAGAAGAGGGUCAAUACCCACGCCGUUGUGCUCCACGUACGCCAACACGGUUAUACGGACUCUCAUCACCCAUACCACGACUACCACUACUCCUCCUGCUAUCUCUUCCCCAUCAAACUACUCAAUAUCAUUGAAGAGGGAUGCAGAGCGCGCGCUGAAGCCCUUCUCCAAAUCCGUCAGGAGGAGAAGACCUGUAUUGUGGUCAUUAUGUUUGAGGACAAGGUCGGCUUCAGCCUCGGCGCUCGUGCCUUCCUGCACAAAGUCGACGAGUUUGAGAUCAAUCAAUACGCCCGCGCCUCUACUUACAACGCUCCUCACUCGUUCCGUCGAAUUUUACUCCACAAGGCUCGGAAAGCCACACCCGUUUCUGUCGUAGAAUCACAUAUCUAG